AUGGCGCUGCACACAGGCCUCUCCAUGACCCACGCUGCACCCGCUGGCCUCUGCAGCAGCCUGUUCACGUCCAGCCCAAGGAAGGGUCGAGCUCUGUCGUCUGCUGACAACCUUGCCCACACGGGCCCUCUGCUCUCAGUGCCCCGAUCCCCGACAGGCCGCGCCCAGCAGGCAGCCGCUCCUGGGCAGGAGCGAGCAGCCUGCGCCUUGCCGGUGACGCUGGGCUGCCCCCUGCAGGUGAUGCUAAGACCUCCACAGGAACCCCUGAGGACCCCCUCGUGGCCCUGCUCCACACUCCACCGCAGCCCACGGGACAGUGAGAUCAGCAAGGUGCUGGGGAUCCUGGCUGUGCUGUGCUUGGGCACUCUGACUCUUCCAUUCCUCCUGUGGCAAACGUCCUCCCCUCCCGCCUGGGGCCAUGGACGCCCCGAGGGAGAGCCCACUGCGUCCCAGGGCCAUGGUGCUCGCCUGGCCUGGGAGCACCUGAGAGAAGAGGAGAAGGCUGGGAGGCAGAAGGAUGCUUGUCAGCUUGUCCUCGUGGAAAGCCUCCCCCAGGACUUGGUUGUGCCCGGCCCAGCAGUCCAGCCCCUGGCCCAGGCCUGGCUACAGCUCCUGGAUGCUGCCCAGGAGAGUGUCCACGUGGCCUCCUUCUACUGGUCCCUCACGGGGGCUGAUGUCGGCGUCCACGACCCAUCCUCCCAGCUGGGAGAGGCCCUUCUGCACAAGCUUCGACAACUGCUAGAUAAGAAUGUCUCCCUGGCUGUGGCCACCGGCGACCCGACAAUGGCCAGGAACUCCACGGACCUGCAGGUGCUGGCAGCACAAGGUGCUCAGGUGCGGCGGGUACCCAUGAAGCAGCUCACCGGGGGCGUUUUGCACUCUAAGUUCUGGGUCGUGGACAAGCUGCACAUUUACCUGGGCAGUGCCAACAUGGACUGGCGGUCCCUGACACAGGUUAAGGAGCUUGGCGUCAUCAUCUACAACUGCAGUCAGCUAGCCCGAGACCUGGAGAAGACCUUCCAGACCUACUGGGCGCUGGGCGCACCCCAGGCCGUCCUCCCCAAAGCCUGGCCUCGGAAUUUCUCCACCCACAUUAACCGCUUCCAGCCCUUCUGGGGCCGCUUCGAGGGGGUGCCCACCACUGCCUACUUCUCGGCCUCGCCACCCGCAUUCUGCCCCCACGGCCGCACGCAGGACCUGGAUGCGCUGCUGGAGGUGAUCAGGGGCGCCCGGCAGUUCAUCUACACAUCUGUGAUGGAGUACUUCCCCACCACACGAUUCAGCCACCCCCCCAGGUACUGGCCAGUGUUGGACAACGCCCUGCGGGCAGCAGCCUUCGGCAGGAGUGUCCACGUGCGUCUGCUGGUCAGUUGUUGGCGCCACACGGACCCCACCAUGUUCCCCUACCUGCGGUCUCUGCAGUCCUUCAGUGACCCCGCAGCCGGCAUCUUCGUGGAUGUGAAAGUGUUCAUUGUGCCGGUGGGGAACCACUCCAGCAUCCCAUUCAGCAGGGUGAGCCACAGCAAAUUCAUGGUCACAGAGAAGGCAGCCUACAUUGGCACCUCCAACUGGUCUGCGGAUUACUUCAGCAGCACCUCAGGGGUGGGCCUGGUGGUCAGCCAGAGAGCCCCCCACGCCCAGCCAGGAGCCUCCACUGUGCAGGAGCAGCUGCGGCAGCUCUUUGAGCGGGACUGGGACUCCCGCUACGCCGUGGGCCUAGACGGACAGGCCGAGGGCCAGGACUGCGUCUGGCGGGGCUGA